AUGUCAGCUUUUAGAAAAGAAUAUUCAUCUCGAAUUAACCAUAACACAGCGGCGAUUGCUAAUAACGUCAAUACUUCAUUGGUUGGGUCAUAUGCAGAUUUGUUAUUGGCCGCUGAGCAACGGACAGAAGCUCCAUGGCCUUUUACAAUUGAUGAUUCUAAAACCUUCAAAAGUUUUUAUAUCGCAACAGCAUCAUUGUCUCAACCAUCAAGAAAGAAACCUAUUAAAUCUAAACAACAGCCUGCACAUUUAAGUCACUCAUUGAUUCGGAAUGGGUGUCUACAGCAACAAACAGCAUUCAUUCACAGUAACAGUCUUACUGGAGUCCAAAAAGGCAGCCGUUACUUCGUCAACUGCAAAAAUUUGUUGACAGCCAUUCAGCAACAUUUUCAUAUGUUCAAAACAUUCGCAGCACCUAAGUUAUAUCAACCUGCUAUGUCAGCUUAUGUCAAACAACAGCAGCGAAAGAUAAUGACUUUUACAGCGCCUUCUCCGUUUCUUAGUGGCUAUGGUAUUUUUGCUCGAAAUAAUACAACAACAAAGCUUGGCAUGAUGAGCCAUUAUGGACCGGUAUACGCCCGAAACUUCUCUACAACAACCGUCAGAUCUUCAUUUAUGGCAAAUCUUUUCCAAAAUAAUGCAGCAGCUAGUCAGCAAUCAAGUAUUUUUGGACAUGUUACAUCCCGUAUUUUUUCUCCUGUAGUAAAUCCAAAGAAAUAUAUGACUCAAAAGGAUGGUGACACUAUUAACGAAGACGCACGGGUACGACCAAGAAGCGGUCACUUAGGAAAAGAGUCUCCACUAAUUGAUGCAAGAGCUAACAAAAACCAACUUUUAAAUUGCAAAAUUGCUACACUACCUUACCAAUUGAACGACAACAACGUGCCUAUUUCGGAUAAUGUUAUAAGAAUAGAAACAGACGGAAAUCAUUCAAUCGCUGUAGAGCAUGCACCUACAUGUCAUUCGGAAUCAAUUUUUAUUCACAAGCAAACCUUUUCUGAGUUUGGAAGAUCCAAUGAAGUUUUGAUACUUGAUGAUGGUAUCAACCCUUCUAUGAAAAGAGCGACUCAAGAACUGAAUGAAAGACCACAGUUGAGAGCUAAAAAAGGAGCCAUUCGGAAUGUUCAAAGAAUGUCUUUAGCAACUUCCACUCAUGAUGAACAGGAAGAAUUCAAAGAGAAUUUGGAUAGUUUAACACCAAAAAACAGCAGCUGUGUUACUUCCAGUCAUUUCUUUUAUAUAUCUAUCAACCUUGAUCCCCUGCAGUUCUAUCAUGGUGAUAACAGCUCACUAGCAGUUGAUAUAGACGCCAGCUCACUCGAUACGAAGUAUCAGCAGUGGCACACUCAGCGGCUAAUCCCUUCAUUUAUUGAUUCGAUAGAGUCCAUGGCUUAUAGGUAUCAAGUACAUGUGAGUUACGUGCUGCAGCUACUUGAUAAACUUUCUCAACUGGCCUCCUUCUCCUCGUUCGACAACACUAAUGGGCGUGUUAGAGAAGGUGAAUAUUACCACCAGUUCCGUAUAAUCAGGCAAAACGGAGGAAAAGAAUUACGCAUCUAUUUUCCAACUGAACCACUGAAAGAUCAACAGCAGUCGUUUUCUUCGAAGAAAGACGUUAUAGACUAUUUAUGCUCUGUUAAUGCGAUUAAUAUGGUUACCUAUGAAAAAUUAAAGUAUUUCACAGUCGUAGCAGAAGAAUGUCAGUUUAUGAAAAGGUUUGAAGAACAACCACGGGAUUUGAAUCACUGCUUUUCUACCAAAGCACCUGCGUUGGAAUCUGAUACACUUGUUGGUCCUGAAUAUUUCAAACAGUUACAAAUGUUUCUAGAUCACACAGAUUAUCUCAUUGAGGCAAGCCCCGCCUUCAAAUCAUCCGUCAGCAUUUCUUGA